UAAAACUCAUCUUCUCUCCAUAGAUUCUCUCACCCAAUCUCUUAAUCUUUCUAAACAAAAUUCAAUCUCUCGUAUUAACAAAAAUAAAGUAAUUGGCUUUAGUUACCUAUGAGAGUCAGUGUGGUCCGGGCCAUCUAUAUCUUUAUCCCUUUGCUUCUUCUUCUCAACAUUCUACGCGACUAAGAUUCUUGUUUCAGACUAAGUAGUGUUUUGUCCAAUUGCAAUCCACCAUCGAUUCCCUUUAAUGUGCAGUCGAUUUUGAGCGGCUAGUGCGGUAGUUAGUUAGGCGAAGAAGAAUGACGAGAACGACUGGGUUUAGUUCUAAGCACAACAACCGCCAACAUGACGAUGGUUCUGUAACCAACAACAACAACAAUAACAACAACCCUACUAUACAUAAAUGGAUGAUCGAGCAAUGUGUAAGUUUGUCUUAGAAAGCCGGAUUAUUUUUAAAAUUAAGAGAUUCUAAAUGAAAAGUUUGGUAUUGAUUUUCUUUUUAAUUCGUCCCCAUGCAAAAUUAAAUGUUUUUAUUAAAUUUUAUAAAAGGUUUUCAUUUUGAUUUAUAGGUUUGCCUACAAGUUAUACAUUAAAUUAUUCAAACCGAGUUCAAUAUAUAGACAGGAUAAGGAGAAGUUAAACAUUGCCAUGAUAGUCCAUUAUCCUCUUAUAUUUUAAUGGAAAGAACAUAAGAUAUGAUACAUUUAAUUUUAUAUUCUUCAGAUUUUGUGGAAAGAGGAAACCCAAUCCACUAUCCAUGGCGUGAGGAACGUAGAUGUCGUUAAUUAAGUCAAUUAACUAAUUUAAUUAAGUUAUAAUCUUUAAUUUUGAGGUACACGUCUUUCUGCCAUCAAUGUAAUUACCGUCUUUUAGUAAACAAAAUAGAUGGCGGACGGUUAGAAUCUCGGUUAGCCGAUGCAGCCAUCAUUUUCUCUCAUUGUCUUUCUUUUAGAUAUUCUCCACGUUUUGGCACUAGAUCUUAAAAAUAAAAUAUUACAAAUUUUGUUCAUUAUUUUAUUUAGUAUGAAUUCUAGUGAGUAAAUGACUCUUCUACCUUUACGUUAAAAGAUAUAAAUAUAAAUAAUAUUUAAAUAAACAAUAAAUAAAAAUAAUAAAUUUUUGAUAAAAUUGUUAUUCAUUUACAACCUUUUUUACUUUUUAAUAAACAAAAAAUUAAAACAAAUAUAUAUUUUGAAAUCUGAAAAUUCCUUUUCUAAAACUUUUUUAAAAUUAUUAUUGUAAAUUUUAAAUAUUUUUUUAAAUCCUUAACCUCAAUCCUAAAACUUCAUCUCUCGUAUCUAAAUUUUAAGUAUGGAUUGGUUAAUCCUAUAAAUAUAAUUUUUGAUCGUUUUUAGUCUUUUGACCUUUGUGUGCUAUAAUUAUGAUAAAAAAAAUUAUUUCUGUCGCCUUAAACAGAGAAUAUAACUAUUGUGCACUUAUCUUAGAAAAAUUCUCAUAUCAAUAUUUCAAAAUCUGUCUUGAUUCCAUAUGUUUCAUAGUUAGAUCUUUCUAAGUUUAUAAUUUUCACUGAUACAUGCAAAGAUAGAAAUGUGUAAUUAUAUAUACUAUUCAUCAACUAAACUCAAGGAUAACAAGGUAUAAUGUUAUCGAAAUUAAAUUGUGUGUAUUUAACUACUGUAGUUUACUAGUAUAUCUACAUUUUUUUAAGCAUUUGAGUGUUUACCCUUUGUAAAUGUAUUUAAAUUUGAAGUAUAUAUCUUUAGAUUCUUUACUAUUUGAAUCUGUUUACCACUUUAAUUUUUAUGUUUGUGUUCUCGCCUACGUUAUCAAUAUUUUCUUUAAUACAUGAAUAAACAUCUUUAAUAUGAUUAGGAGCAACAAAAAUGAAAACGCUUGAUAGUGAAAAACCAAAUUAAUAAGGGUAGAUAAAAAAAAACAGGAUUCUUCGAAAGAGGAAACAAACACACGUGGCUAAGGAUAAGUGGAGGUUAAAAAGAAAACCAUGAAAACCGCUGUUGUUGUAACCGAAGCCGCUAAAACCAUCUCUCAUGCUCUGACUGUUCUAAACAAAGCGCCCCAAAAGGAGCGUUGCUUUUACUCUCUCUCCACCUUAUAUAAACUACCAUCUUUCCUGUCUCUUCCACCUUCAAUUAUCACACCACCACCACCACCACUCUCUCUCCCUCUCUAUCCAAUUUUUAGUUAUGGUCAAGUUGGGUUUGAAACCCGACCCGGUUCACAAUAACGCCAUAGAGAUUCGUUACAGAGGCGUUAGGAAGCGUCCUUGGGGUCGUUACGCCGCCGAGAUCCGAGAUCCCGGCAAGAAAACCCGUGUCUGGCUUGGAACCUUCGACACCGCCGAGGCGGCGGCGCGUGCAUAUGAUAAGGCGGCGCGUGACUUUCGUGGUGCCAAGGCCAAGACUAAUUUCCCUAACUUUCUCGAGCUGAGCGAGAACGUUUCCAUCGGCGGCGGCGGCGGUUUUGAGCGUAGCCCAAGCCAGACCAGCACCCUCUAUUGCGCUUCACCUCCGGCGGCUGCUGAUAUUGUUCCGCCGCCGCUUGAGCUUAGUCUUGGCGGCAGAGGAGGCGCGUGUUACCAGAUCCCGGUGGCGCGUCCUAUGUAUUAUUUGGACCUUAUGGGAAUCGGAAACGAAGGUCGUGCUGUUCAGCCUCCGAUGUCGUUAGCGUGUAGGUCACCGGCGAUGCAUGUUGCGACGAAGGUGGCUUGUGGGGGCCAGAGCGAUUCUGAUUCGUCUUCGGUCGUAGAUUUUGAUGGUGGGAUAGAGAAGAGAGCUCAGCUGUUGGAUCUAGACCUGAACUUGCCUCCUCCGUUGGAACAGGCCUGAGCUGUUGGCUGUGUGGUUUGGUUUCAUUGCGUACGCUCAUGCGUUUUUUUUGUUUUUGUUUUGGAGCUGAGAGAAUUCGUUUACUUUCCUUAGUUUUUUUCUUCUCUCAGACUCUAAAAUAAAGAUCGAUUUUUAAAUCGAGAUAGAACAAAAAUAUAAUGAUAGCUGACAUGGAUCGUUAUGUACAUAUUAUUACAUAACCGGAGAUCUGGACUUUUGUUGUGUGUGCCUUUUUUUUGCGACUUGGUUUCACCAUGUUGUUCCCACGUAGGUUCUUUUUUGUAUUGUUCUUCCAAAUUUCAAUUAAUAAUUUGGUAAUUUCAGAAUUAA